AUGGCAACCUUGCUGUUACCACCGGGUCCUGACACCUUGCGCCGGUUCACUCGCGAAUCCCUGGCUGCUAUCGAGCAGCGGAUUGCUGAGGAGCGGGCCAAGAAUGCCAAGGAGUACCAGGAAGAUCUGGGAGACGUGGCGAAGCUCAAACCUCGGGCCGACCUGGAGGCCGGCAAGCAGCUGCCCCGCAUCUUCGGUGACAUUCCCUCCGGACUCGUCGGAGUGCCUCUGGAAGACAUUGACACUUUUUAUUUCAAUAAUCGCAAAACUUUUAUAGUACUGAACAAAGGGAAGGCCAUCUUCCGAUUUAGUGCCACAUCCGCGCUGUAUAUUUUUAGUUCUUUUCAUCCUGUCAGAAGAGCAUCAAUAAGGAUUUUAGUACACUCAUUAUUCAGUUUGUUUAUUAUGUUCACUAUUUUGACCAAUUGUUGUUUUAUGGCCAUGUCUGAACCAGCGCAAUGGGCCAAGUAUGUUGAGUAUACUUUCACUGGCAUAUACACUUUUGAAUCCCUGAUUAAAAUACUGGCGAGAGGAUUCUGUAUCGGGCCCUUCACCUUUCUACGUGACCCAUGGAACUGGUUGGACUUCAGCGUUAUAGUAAUGGCAUAUGUUACUGAGUUUGUGGACCUGGGCAAUGUCUCAGCAUUAAGAACGUUCAGAGUACUGCGAGCACUGAAAACUAUCUCUGUCAUUCCAGGCCUGAAGACCAUUGUAGGGGCCCUGAUCCAGUCGGUGAAGAAGCUUGCAGAUGUGAUGAUCCUGACUGUGUUCUGCCUAAGCGUAUUUGCCUUGAUUGGGCUGCAGCUCUUCAUGGGCAACCUAAGGCAAAAGUGCGUCCGCAGCACCGCACAUUGCUUGAACAGCACCCGCGGUAACGACACCUUAUUCUUCUGCAACAACAAGACCUGGAGCUCAGAGGAACAUUUCAUUUCUGACGAAGACAAUUUUUUUAAAGCGGAAGGAGCUAAGGAUGCCUUAAUUUGUGGAAAUGGAAGUGAUGCUGGGAAAUGCCCAGAUGGCUUUGAUUGCUUGAAGGCUGGAAGAAACCCAAAUUAUGGUUACACCAGUUUUGACACCUUUGGCUGGGCCUUUCUGUCACUGUUCCGACUCAUGACGCAAGACUACUGGGAGAAUCUAUAUCACCAGACUCUCCGGUCAGCUGGGAAGACGUACAUGGUCUUCUUUGUGGUCGUGAUCUUCCUUGGUUCCUUCUACCUGGUCAACCUAAUUCUGGCUGUUGUUGCCAUGGCGUAUGAGGAGCAAAACCAAGCUACCAUUGCUGAGGCCUGGCAAAAAGAGCGGGAAUUUCAGCUAGCGAUGGAACAUUUGCGGAAAGAGCAGGCGAUGGCACAGAAAGCUCAGGAGACAGACUCUGUCCUGUCGCCAGAGUUGUCGCCCUCAACUCUGCAAGAUGCCAAGGAGCGGAAGAACAGAAAGAAAUCUGUGCGGACCCUCUCAGAGGGAACUGAAGAAGAUCCAGAUGAGAAAACAGAGAAAUUGGACACUGUGGAAGCACCUAAGCGCACACUACCACUUCUCACCCGCACCCUGUCAUCCAACACCAGAAGAGGAAGCCAGAUGAGCAUGUUUAACUUCCGCCUCCGCAACAAGGACUCGGAAGCUGAUUUUGCGGACGACGAAUCCAGUGUCCACGGAGACACCGAGAGUCGUCGGUCAGCUUCGCUGACCUUGCCUUGGCCCAAAAGGCGGACUAGCGCCCAAAGCACGGGCAGCCACAGCUCCCAGGUCUUCGGCCCCAAUGUGAACAUCAACGGAAGGCUUACAGUCGCCAUGGACCAUAACGGAGUUACUGGCCCCACUCCCCUUCCCCUGCUAGCCUGCACUAUGGAGAGGGUCAAUGAGGACAGCGUGCCCAAUUCUACAGCUGAGGUGAGCACCAUGCUGAUUCCCCGAAGGCUGUCACGCGAAAUCCCCGAAGAACCUCCUAGAAGAGAAAGAGCUCUCAGUGCCGCCAGUUACCUCAGCGACGCCAUGGAUGAACUGGAGGAGUCCCAUCAGAAGUGCCACCCUUGCUGGUAUGAAUUUGCUCACAAAUACCUCAUCUGGGUCUGCUGCCCCAUGUGGCUGAACGUAAAGGAGUGGGUGAAGUUCAUGGUGAUGGACCCUUUCCUGGACCUGGCUAUCACUGUGUGCAUUGUACUCAACACCCUCUUCAUGGCACUGGAACACUACCCCAUGACCGACGAGUUCAACAAGAUGCUGACAGUGGGAAACCUGGUCUUCACGGGGAUCUUCACAGCAGAGAUGGUCUUCAAGAUCAUCGCCCUCGACCCGUACUACUACUUCCAGCAGGGCUGGAAUAUAUUUGACAGCAUCAUCGUCAGCCUCAGUUUGAUGGAGCUGGGCCUCUCCAACGUUGAGGGACUGUCUGUUUUACGGUCAUUCAGACUGCUGAGGGUCUUCAAGCUGGCGAAGUCCUGGCCCACCCUGAACACGCUGAUAAAGAUCAUCGGAAAUUCGGUGGGCGCGCUGGGAAACCUCACCCUGGUCCUGGCCAUCAUCGUUUUCAUCUUCGCCGUGGUGGGCAUGCAGCUGUUUGGGAAGAACUAUCAGGAUUGUGUGUGCAAGAUCUCCAAGGAUUGCUCUAUGCCCCGAUGGCACAUGAAGGACUUCUUCCACUCCUUCCUCAUUGUGUUCCGGGUCUUGUGCGGGGAGUGGAUCGAGACCAUGUGGGACUGCAUGGAAGUGGCCGGACAGCCCCUCUGUAUCCUCGUCUUCAUGCUGGUCAUGGUGAUAGGGAACCUUGUGGUGCUGAACCUCUUCCUGGCCCUGCUGCUGAGCUCCUUCAGCGCGGACAACCUCUCGGCUCCGGACGACGACGGCGAGAUGAACAACCUGCAGAUCGCCUUCGCGCGCAUCCAGCGGGGCAUCAUCUGGCUGCGGCGGGCCAUCUGCGACUUCUUCAAUGGAAACUUCAAGAGGAGGCGGCAGAAAGCCAAGGAGGCCAAGGCCAUGCUCAAGUUGAAACGCAUGAGCAACCACGUGGAGGGGAACGGCACCGUGGGGGUCAUCGGCCGCCACGGUGAGAAGCUCAUCGUCACCGACGGCGACAGCUACAUGACCAACCCCAACCUGACCAUCAGCGUGCCCAUCGCCCCCGGGGAGUCUGACAUCGAGUUUCCCGAGGAAGAGGAAGAGCAGAGCGAGUGUUCGGAGGAAGAGGAGACCAAGCCGAAAGAUGUGAUCAGUCUAUCAGAGGGCAGCACAGUGGACCUCCGAAAGCCAGGAGAAGAGGAGGACGAGUACUCCGAGAUGGCGGAAGAGGCCAUGGACCCUGAGAACUGCUUCCCUGACUCUUGUGUCCGUUACUGCAAGUGCUGUGACAUCAACACCACGCGGGGAUUGGGUCAGAUCUGGUGGCGCUUCCGUAAGACCUGCUAUCAGAUCGUGGAGCAUAGCUGGUUCGAGACCUUCAUCAUCUUCAUGAUCCUGCUGAGCAGCGGUGCUCUGGCUUUUGAAGACAUUUACAUCGAACAAAGAAAAGUGGUAAAAGUUGUGCUGGAGUUUGCGGACAAGAUCUUCACUUACAUCUUUAUUCUGGAAAUGCUCCUGAAGUGGACAGCCUAUGGCUUUAAGAAGUACUUCACCAAUUACUGGUGCUGGCUAGAUUUUUUAAUUGUUGAUGUGUCUUUAGUCAGCCUUGUAGCUAACACUCUUGGUUACUCGGAAUUUGGUGCCAUCAAAUCACUUAGGACCCUCAGAGCUCUCAGACCGCUAAGAGCCCUGUCCAGAUUUGAAGGCAUGCGGGUGGUGGUAAACGCCUUGAUUGGCGCCAUCCCCUCCAUCAUGAACGUGCUGCUGGUCUGUCUGAUCUUCUGGCUGAUUUUUAGCAUCAUGGGAGUCAACCUCUUUGCGGGGAAGUUUGGCAGGUGUGUCAACAGGACCGGGUACAUACACAAUGUCUCCAUGGUCAACAACAAGACAGAGUGUCUGCUAUUGAACGACUCACAGUUCUACUGGUCCAAGGUGAAAGUCAACUUCGACAACGUGGGUGCGGGCUACCUUGCACUCUUGCAAGUGGCUACCUUUAAAGGUUGGAUGGAGAUCAUGUACGCAGCUGUGGAUUCGCGUGGAGUGGAGGAGCAGCCUAUCAAAGAGACAAACCUGUACAUGUACCUGUACUUUGUCAUCUUUAUCAUCUUCGGGUCAUUCUUCACCUUGAAUCUCUUCAUUGGUGUGAUCAUUGACAAUUUCAACCAGCAAAAAAGAAAGAUAAGUGGACAGGAUAUCUUCAUGACAGAGGAGCAAAAGAAAUACUAUAAUGCAAUGAAGAAGCUGGGAUCCAAAAAACCUCAGAAGCCUAUUCCAAGGCCAACGAACGAACUGCAAGGAUUCUUCUUUGACCUGGUAUCAAAGCAAGCUUUUGACAUCAUAAUAAUGAUGCUCAUCAUCCUCAACAUGAUCACGAUGAUGGUGGAGACAGACGAGCAACCGAAGAGCAUGGAGGCCAUCCUCAACAAGAUCAACCUGGCCUUCAUUGUUAUCUUCUCCGCAGAAUGCCUCAUGAAGAUCACUGCACUCCGUUGUUAUUUCUUCACCGUCAGUUGGAACAUCUUUGAUUUUGUGGUUGUAAUCCUUUCUAUUGUGGGUAUUGUUCUUGCAGACAUUAUAGAGAAAUACUUUGUGUCGCCAACUCUGUUCCGAGUCAUAAGACUAGCAAGAAUAGGCCGAGUCCUUCGACUUAUACGUGGAGCCAAAGGAAUCAGAACUUUACUUUUUGCCUUAAUGAUGUCUCUCCCGGCCUUGUUCAAUAUAGGCCUCCUGCUUUUCCUUGUAAUGUUCAUAUAUGCCAUCUUUGGCAUGGCCAACUUCGCCUACGUGAAGAAACAGGCUGGGAUCGAUGACAUGUUCAACUUUGAGACUUUUGCAAACAGUAUGAUCUGCCUUUUCCAGAUCACCACAUCAGCUGGCUGGGAUGGCCUGCUGAGUCCCAUACUGAACAAUUCUCCACAGGAGUGCGACCCCAACAUACCCCAUACGGGCACUGCCGCCCGGGGGAACUGCGGAAAUCCCUCCGUGGGCAUCACGUUCUUUGUCACCUAUAUCAUUAUAUCGUUCCUCAUCGUCGUGAACAUGUACAUAGCCAUCAUCCUGGAGAACUUCAGCGUGGCCACGGAGGAGAGCACGGAGCCUCUGAGCGAGGACGAUUUUGAGAUGUUCUACGAGGUGUGGGAGAAGUUCGACCCUGAGGCCACCCAGUUCAUCGAGUACUCCAAGCUGACGGACUUUGCGGACACCUUGUCGGAGCCGUUACGCAUCGCUAAGCCCAAUAAGAUCAAACUCAUUUCCAUGGACCUGCCCAUGGUCAGCGGGGACAAAAUCCACUGUCUUGACAUUUUGUUUGCGUUCACGAAACGGGUCUUGGGAGAGUCCGGGGAGAUGGAUGCUCUGAAGCAGCAGAUGGAGGAGAAGUUCAUGAUGGCCAACCCAUCCAAGAUCUCCUACGAGCCCAUCACCACCACGCUCCGGCGCAAGCAGGAGGAUGUGUCCGCAACCGUCAUCCAGAGGGCCUACAGGCGGCAUCUGGUACGGCGGCAGGUGAAGCAGGCCUCGUUUCUCUACCGACAGAUCAAUGCCGAUGGCCACGGCGAGGCGGACGACCCCCCAGAGAAGGAGGGCCUCAUUGCCGCCAUGAUGAAGGAGAAUUAUUUACCCGAGAUGGAGAUAAUGGAGACUCUGUCUUCCACCUCAUCUCCGCCGUCUUAUGACAGCGUGACCAGGGCUACUAGUGACCUUUUCCAAGUUCUAAUUCCCGAGUCCAGGAACACAGACUUGUGUGAACCCUUGCCUCCCCCUGACAGAGACCGGGAGACAUUUCUGUAA